GUUACGGCAGAGACGAGCGGCGGUGUCCGAGCGGAGCGCAGCAUCAUGGGGGAGAAGUUGUUGUCGCUGUGGCUGGUCUGCGUUUGUUUCCUGCCCAGCUCGGGGCUGUUGUUGCAUGUGCAGCACUACGAGGUGGUCCGACCGCAGAGGCGUCAAGAGAGACGGACGAGGAGCCUACAGGAUGACCAGCUUUAUCCUGACAGACUUCAGUACAAGUUGGCCAUCGAAGGGAGAAAUCACACCAUUAAUCUGGAAAAAAACAAAAAUCUCAUUGGGAGAGGCUACACUGAAACACAUUAUUCAGAGGAUGGAAAAAGAGUGACAACAUCACCAAAUGAGGAGCACUGCUUCUACCACGGACACAUCGAAGGCCUGGCCGACUCCUCGGUCAGUGUUGGGAUCUGUUCGGGCAUCAGCGGCUUCCUGAGAGCCCGGCAGCAGGUCUAUCUUAUUGAACCUCUGGGACAGACUGAUGAUGAGGACCAUGCAGUUUACAGACAGGAGCACCUGAAAAUCAGUGGUCACCCCACUUGCGGCUCCACUUCCAACACCACCUUGCUGUAUGGCAGGGACCAGGACCUUGGCCUUCAGCCUGCAGGCCUCUUCAGAUCCAGAUCAUGGAAAACCAAACCCCUGGUCGGCCCCCAGAGGUUCGUUGAGCUCUUCGUGGUUGUCGACAACACAGAGUACAAACGAUAUGGAAAGGAGACUAAAUCCCGCAUCCUUGGAGCUGUGAACCACAUCGACAAGCUGUACCGGCCUCUGAACAUCCGCGUCCUGCUGGUGGGUUUGGAGAUUUGGUCGUACAGGGACUACAUAGACGUGAACAUAAACUCGGAGACGACUCUGGACAACUUCCUGGUGUGGCGUCAGGCGGACCUUCUACGUAGGACGAAGCAUGACAACGCCCAGUUUGUGACUGCCAAAGACUUUGAUGGAGACACGGUUGGCAUGGCUAACAAGUUUGCUAUGUGCACCGAAAACUCAGGCGGAGUAAACCAGGAUCACCAUGACAACCCUAUAGGCCUCGCCUCCACCAUCGCCCAUGAGAUGGGGCAUAACUUUGGCUUGUCCCACGAUGCUGCAGACUGUGUGUGCGGCCUAUCUUACAGCAGCGAGAACUGCGUGAUGGCUGGAAAACUCAGGACGGGGAGUCAUGCGUUUCCAGAGUUUUUCAGUGGCUGCAGCGUGCAGCAACUUGCUGAGUUUAUGGAACGAGCUCAACCCAGCUGCCUUCACAAACCCGGCUCCGUCAUGACCAUCGUUGUGGGCCCUCGCUGCGGUAACGCCUUGUUGGACCCUGGAGAGGAGUGCGACUGUGGCACCGUGGAGGAAUGCAACAACCCUUGCUGCGAUGCAUCAACAUGUCGUCUUACUGAAGGUUCCCAGUGUGCCCAUGGACAGUGUUGUGAGAGCUGUCAGUUCAGAGAGGCCGGCAGUGUGUGCAGGAAUUCAGCCGGUGGCUGCGACCUGCCUGAAUACUGCACCGGAGAGUCACAGGAUUGUCCCGAAGACGUCUUCCAGAUGAACGGCAAACCCUGCUAUAACCAAGCGCCGGGCUUCUGCUACAACGGCCAGUGUCCCACGAGAGAGCAGCACUGCUGGAGGCUGUUUGGAGAUGGGGUCAAAGUUGGACCUGAUGUGUGUUUCAGCCUGAACACACGGGGUGAGGAAGGCGCAAACUGCGGGAGAGACAAAUCUGGCUUCAUUUCCUGCUCCCCACAGAAUCUGAAGUGUGGGUCUAUUUUUUGUGUUGGAGGAGGUGAGUCUAUCACAGGUAAACGGGCAGCCUACACCAUUUUCAACACUGAAUGUAAGCUAGCUGUGGAUGACGAUAAGACCAGGAACAUUGAUAUGGUGCCUGAAGGAACCAGUUGUGGACCAAAUAAGGUUUGCCUCGAUAACAGGUGUGUAGAUGUGUCAGUUUACGGUAAAAAAGAGGACUGCGCUAAGAAAUGCAACAACAAAGGGGUGUGCAACAAUAAGAAUGAGUGCCACUGUAACCCUGGCUGGGCUCCACCUUACUGUGACAUCCAGUACGCGGAUAUACCUCAAGGUCAGAAUGUGAUAGUAGCUGGUGUGUGUGCAGCCUUCUCGACCCUCCUAGUCAUCACCAUGGUGAUCGUAGGGCUAAUGUGCUGUAAAAAAGACAACAUGGACAACUAUACUUAUAAAAGGUAUUUUCUCUUAGGCUUGGAUUUUUGUUUGUUUUCUGUGUAUUUCUGCCUCAACAAAUUCCAUUUUCACAGGAAAGCACAUUCAUCUCCAGGCAAGCUGAACCCGAUAUUUCAGGAAGCAAGUGUUAAAGACAGACCUCAGAUCAGCCAGCCCACUCUCCUGGAGUCAACAGCCACACAGGCCUGCAGUCCUCUGAUGGUUACCGUGAUUCCCAGCAGACCUGCUCCGCAGGUUCCACAGAAGACGUCUUCCCUGUUGUCUACCUCUGAAACUAAUCAGACCAAACCUCUACCUCCAUCCAAGCCUUUACCACCUCUGAAUAAAACCCCGCAAAAAGGAGCCAAACCAAGUCCUCCACCUGUACCUCUGGUCAAGCCUAGCCCUCCUCUAGCAGCCAGAAUCAAGCCCAAAACUCCUCCUCCUCAGCCCCCAGCGAAGCCAAGACUCCACAGACUCACAUGAGAUACUCAUUAACAGGAUCUAGUUCUACAACCGCAGACAAUGGUCAGCGUCUAGUUUUACAUCCAGAAAGAGUGAGCUCCUCUGUGGCAUCGGAAAGUUGAGUCACGGUUUGGGAAAGUUUAUGAAGCUGUGAUCGUGCAGAGCGAGACGUCAGAAAGUCUGAUGAGGUGAGGCUAGCAGCUGCUGUAGAAAAGUGACUUCUUGACUGUUGCAGUUAGUUCUGCUUCAGGAAAACGUACUCUUUGUAAACUUCCUUGUAACAAUCAAACAUUGAGUCGUUUGAAUGCACUUUUUUAAAAUAUUAAUUUAAUAUUUGUAUAAAGGCUGUAUAAUAGUAAAUGUGGGGCACAGGAUCAGGUUUGCCCGAUUUCUUUUUUUUUUUUUUUUUUUUGCUGAAAUUUUAGAAACACAAUUUUUUACUUUCCUUACAUUUGUAUUUCAUAUCAGCCUUAACUUCAGCUGCCUGAAGACUGAUCUGUGGACGGU